AUGGCCCAGUGCCUGCACAGUCCCCUGCUCCUGCUGGCUGCCCUGGCCCUGGCCCUGGCUGUGAACUCCCAGAGAAACUCCAAAGUCGGAGCCCCAUGGGAUGCAGAUGUCAAUGACAAGGAUGUGCAAGAGGCACUAAAAUUUGCCCUCAGCGAGUACAACAAGGCAAGCAACGAUGAGAACCACAGCCGUGUACUGCAGGUGAAGAGUGCCCAGAAGCAGGUUGUGGCUGGAAUAAACUAUUUUCUGGAUGUGGAGAUAGGCCGAACCAAAUGCACCAAGUCCGAGCCCAACAAAGAGAGCUGUCCCUUCUAUGAGCAGCCAGACUUGCUGAGGAAAAAGCUCUGCUCCUUCCAGAUAUACACUGUCCCCUGGCUGAGCGAGAAAUCCCUGGUGAAGUCCCGCUGCCACGAUGCAUAG